AUGAUGACCGAGCAAAAAGGAUCUAUUAGAUGUACUUUUUUCAAUGUACCCGCUGAUGCGCGUGCCUGCAUUGCUUCAACUUUCGACAUUCGCACAAAAUGGAAUAAAAAUAAAGCACGACUUUCUUGUUUACAUCAAAUAACAAAAGCGAACGAAAUUCGUUCGAAUCUUGUCAAGCUCGCGCAUCAGUAUCCUCAAAUUUGGUUUUCAAUGAACGUACCUCGUGAUCCUAGAUAUGCGUGUAAAUCAAUUUAUAACCAAACUGAUGACGACAUUCAUGUUUCAUUCGGUUCUUUACUAUCGACUUCAAAGUUCAUCGUCCAUAGCAUAGAUUUACCAUUCGAUGACACACCACGAUGGACAAUGGUACUUGAUCAAAAAACUUGCCGAAUAGAAUGUCAAAGUGGCUCAGCAGUGACGGUCUGUUUUACUCUAUUAAUGAAACAAAUCAAAACACAAAUCUUCGUUGUCGAUACUAGUACUCAUACAAAUAUCAUAAUGAAUAUGAAUAAAUUGAUAAAAGCAGAACAGAUCAUAAAUGGUAGACGAAGUUCGAAAUUAAACGGUCAUGAUCCACUGAUCAUGUCGCUUCGACGGUGCAGUGAAAUAGUCAUACGUAUUGCUUCGAAAGCUUUCGCUGAUCAGUUUCUUGAUUAUCUACGACACACAUGUAAAGAUGAUAUCGUCUAUACAAACAUUUCCAUCGAACAGAGUUCAUGUAAAUCAUGGGAUACGAUUGAAUUUAAUUGGUAUCCAACUACCGACGCUACUUAUUCGAUGGCGCUGCUGCAUUCAUUGGGAUAUUUAUUUGAUGAUAAAUAUCUGAUGAACGAUCAGCUGCAAGGAAGAAUGGUUGAAUUAUCUGAAGAAAAUGAAGAACGUUUUUAUCAGUUAGCAGUACAAGCUUUUCAGAAUCUUCAAGAAUGUCAUUGGCUCGAUUUGACAACUAUCUUCAACCAAGAACAAUUCGAUAAAAUUGCUGUAUCAACAAAAAUUCAUAAAUUUCGUACUGGUGUUAUUCAUGUAACUCCAACACGUAUUUCUAUCAUGCCAAAGGACGAAGACACUAUCGGACAUCGUGCUAUGCGUCAUAAAGCAUUCGGUGGUAGCAAGAAUUUCUGUGUUGUUUAUUUAAAACCCGAUCCACCUGAUUCCUAUCUGAACGAAGAUACAGAUCAUUUCCGGCACGUAUUUACAAAUGGCAUUGAGAUUGGUCGAGAUCGUUUUCAUUUGUUUGGAUCAUCGAAUUCACAAAUCAAAGAACAUGUGUUCUGGUUUAUCAAGGCUUCAUCAUUGAUUGAUGUUCAAGAGAAACGGGCACAGCUAGGGGAAUUGAAUCAGAUUGACAAUUUGGGAACGUAUGUAGCAAGAUUAGGACUAUGGUUUAGUAAAAGUCUUUCAACAGGAAUCGAACUGGUUUAUUGCGAAACCGAACAAGACUUCAACCAACGUAUUCAACAAGGAAAAAUAUGUGUCAGAAGUAUUGAUGACAUCGAACGGAAUGGAUUCUCUUUCACCGAUGGCAAUGGAUUGAUUUCCAAAGGUUUGGCACGACGUAUAGCUAAAGGUGCUUCAACAGUGCCGUCCGCUUACCAAAUUCGAAUGGCUGGUUGUAAAGGUCUUCUAGUUGUGGAUCCUGCAUCAAGUAUUAAUGAGUUAUACAUUAAAAUUCGACCGACGAUGCAAAAAUUCCGAUGUAAUGAUUGGACUUUGGAAAUUUGUGAACGUAGCGUAGCGACACCAACGCGACUAAAUAAUCAGAUCAUCCUUCUCAUGUCAGAUCUUGGCGUAUCAAAUGAAACUUUUCUUCGUUUACAGAAAAAAUGGUUCGAUAAUGCCUCAUCAAAGUAUAUUCACCCUGAUAACUUAUUAAAAAACAAAAUUCCGUUACCGGUGAACGAAUGUCGAUAUAUGUUCGGAUGUGCUUUUGAAACAAAACUAGAAACAGGAACUUGUUUCAUUCGUUAUGAAGUUCUUGAUGAAAACGAAAAAUCUUUCCCUAAUCGGCAGUAUAAAUCUGUUGAAGGAAAAGUCAUUGUAACAAAAAAUCCAUGUCCUUAUGCCGGGGAUAUGUUAGUGCUAAAUGCUGUUGAUCUACCUGAACUACAUGACCUACAUGAUGUUAUCGUUUUUAGUACAAAAGGCGAUCGACCUGAUUUUCAUAAGAUUGCAGGUUCCGAUUUGGAUGGUGAUAAAUAUUUUGUUUAUUGGGGUUCGGAACUUCAACUUCGAUCUUCAGUUCCGCCAUUGGAUUACACAGCUGAGAAGAAGAUUAAACACCCAACACCGAUCUCGGUUGAAGAUGUUAUUAAUUAUUAUCUUUCAACAUUAGGCGCAACAAGUUAUGGGGAAGUUUUCAAUUUACAUACGGUAAUUGUCGAUCAGAACGAGGAAAAGCAUUCGCAACGUACGUGUCAAAAACUAGCUAUCGAGAUGGCACGAAUGUUCGCUUCAGCUAUUGAUUCGGGUAAAACUGGUUAUACAAUUGAUAAAAGUCGUAUUCAAACUAUUCGUAAAAAAUAUGGACAAUGUUAUCCUGAUUUUUUAAUGAAAUAUAAUAAGUCAUUUUAUAAAUCUCAAUCAAUUGUUGGUAUACUCUAUCGUAAUGCACAGUUGUUUAAGAAAAAGGAUUUCAGGUUACUCGCUAACGCCUUUGCACAUUUACCUAUGCAAGACGAUGGAUCAGCCAUUUCUACUUCGACGUCACUAGCCUCAUUAUCAGUGAACACAACGUCAGUUCGAGUCAGAUCUGGAGCAAAGAAACGUAGCUCGAAAUCGUCCAGCAGACCUAAUUCUAAGAAGAAAUAG